GGUCGCUGCCGGCAGGGCCGGCAGGCUCAGUCAGUCAUUAACGCUCCAGCCUGAGCGUAGGACGUGCCUCACAUCAGCCCAGCUAUGGCGUAUCUCGCCAUCCAGGUGCUGGCGGCGCUGGCGCUGCUGGCCGCGGCGGCCGACGCGGCGCGCAUCCUGGCCGUGAUGCCCAUGCCGGCCCGCAGCCACCACAUCGCCUUCGGCGGCGUGACCAAGGCCCUGGCCGACAGGGGCCACGACGUCACCCUCAUCUCGGGCCUGCCCAAGGGCAACAAGAUCAACCCGGCCAACAACAAGGUCAUCUACCUGCCCAACCCUUUCGAGGACAUGGCGAACGAUGUCCUGAAGGACUUCUGGGAGCAGAAGCAGAAGCCGUACGAGCAGCUGCAGUUCCUGAUGAACUGGGGCGAGAAGUUGACCAACACCACGCUUUCCAGCCCCAUCUUCCUGGCCGAGAUCAACAAGCCGGGCCAGAAGUACGACCUGAUCUUGGCGGAGCUGUUCUUCUUCCAAGAGGCCAUGGUCGGCCUCGGACACAAGUUCAACUGCCCGGUGGUGGCGGUCAACCCGUUCGGCACUUCGAGCAUGGUCAACGACGCCAUGGGCAACCCCGUCAACCCGGCCUGGGUGCCGUCCCCCUUCCUGGGCUUCUCCGACCGCAUGUCCUUCACGGAGCGAGCCAUGAACUCCCUGCUGCACGUGUCCAUGCACGCGUACUACAACUACUUCUACAUGCCGAAGAUGCAGGCCCUGUCCGACAUCCACUUCCCCGGCGCGCCGCCAGUCCAAGACAUGCUCCGCUCCUACUUGGGCCUCACGCUGGUCAACAACCACUUCUCGCUGGCCUACCCGGCCCCCAUGUCCCCCAACGUUGUGGAGAUAGGUGGCAUCCACAUCCCCGACAAGCCCAAGGCCCUCCCCAAGGACCUGCAGGAUUUCAUGGAUUCGGCGAAGGACGGCGUCGUGUACUUCAGCAUGGGUUCGAACCUGAAGGUGGAGUUCAUGCCCGAGAGCGCGAAGCAGGCGAUCCUGGGCGCGCUGUUCGCCCUCAAGGAGCGAGUGCUGCUCAAGUGGGACGGCCCCCUGCCCAAGAACAUGCCGGCCAACGUGAAGCACAUCGAGUGGGCUCCGCAGGGCGACUUGCUGGCCCACCCCAACAUGCGCGUCUUCUUCACCCACGGCGGGCUGCUCAGCACCCAGGAGUCCGUCUACUACGGAGUGCCGCUCGUCGGCAUGCCCAUGUUCGGCGACCAGCAGUUCAACAUGCUGCUGGCCGCCAACAAGGGCUUCUGCGUCAAGCUGGAAAUUAGAGAGUUGACGAGGCAGAAGGUCGACGAGGCACUCAGGGAGGUUCUGCAGAAACCCAAGUACAAGGAGGCCGCCACCCGGCUGUCGCGGCUGUUCCGCGCCAAGCCCCUCACGCCCGCCCAGUCCGCCGUGUUCGCCGUGGAGACCGUGCUGGAGCACGGCGCGGACCACCUGCGGCCGGCGUCCGUGGGCAUGCCGCUGUACCAGCUGCUGCUGCUGGACGUGGUGCUGGCGGCCGCCGUGCCCUUCCUGCUGCUGUUCCUGUGCUGCAGGGCGCUGUGCUGCGGGAGCAAGAAGGCCGCCCAGGAGGACCGGAGCGCGGCGGCCAGGAAGAAGAGGAACUAGUGCUGUGAUAUCUAGAGUAGCCAGGUAAAUCUGCAAGUGCAAACGUGCCGGCCCGGCAGUGAUCCAAAGCGGGAAGCCUGAUGUACUGUGAUAAUUUUUUCAUAAGUCGUUUUAACUCAGUAUACGUGUGCAGUGCAUAACACUGUGUCAAUGUCAGUUGCGUGUGUUUUAAAUUUGUGUCUGCAACGAAGGCCACCAAAGUGAUUUCGGCAUCCCAACGAUUGCAUACUAAUGCUUCUCUAACUGUACUUCGUCACUACAUUUUUAUUUUUAUAAAUUUAGAAAUUUAUCUCUUUGGUAUUUUAUCAUCAGAAUUGAUUAAAUAAGACUACAGUUUAAUAUA